AGUGGCGGACACUGCAACGUCACAAGAUCCCAGUAAAGGUUCUGAGUGGGCUCGGCGAGCAAGUUCUGAGUAAGGGUCACCGGACCCGAAACGUUAACUCUGAUUUUUCUUCACUGAGGAAGGAAGUGGUCUGGUUAAUGGGUGCAACAAAGGAGUGAUUGUAUUUUAACAACGUAUCAUCGAGCAGAUCCCAGCUCCGCCCAGGAGGAGCAAGCCAGAAGUAGGCAGAUCUCAUCAUUUACCAGAAAUCCUUAACGCUCUUGUUCCUGGUUUCCUGUUUUCUUUUGGAGGCUACACGCACCAACUCUCAGAACUUUUCUUGGAGGUAAGGAAGCCCGGAGUGUGUCGGGCACUCUGGAGCACGGUAGAUGCUAGUGGAAGAGUUGAAACUGAAGAGUUAGCAGCAGCAGCAGAUAGUGAACUGCUGGUUUGGAGCCCAGUGCUGAUUGAUGUUGAGAGGACAGACAUGACUGUGAAGAGCAUGGUUCCCGUGUGGGCUCAGAUUGUCGGAUCUGCCACAUUGCCCCAUCUCGGAGGUUUAUUUGGCUGGUAUCUGGUACGGUCACAAGUGUCGAAUUGGUAUGAACAACUGAAGAAACCAUCAUGGCGGCCACCCAAUAAGGUGAUCUCUGUAGCUUGGGCCACUUUAUACACAGGAAUGGGGUAUGCCUCAUAUCUGAUAUGGAGAGAUCUAGGAGGUUUCACAGAUGGAGCACUCAUUCCACUUGGUCUGUAUGGCACUCAGUUGGCUUUGAAUUGGGCAUUUACUCCAAUAUUCUUUGGGACACACAGGUUAAACCUGGCCUUAAUUGAAGCGUUUUUUCUAUAUGGCACUGUGGUGGGGACAAUGGUAUCCUGGUAUCCUAUUAACAAGACAGCCACACUACUUAUGGUGCCAUAUCUGGCUUGGCUCACUCUUGCCACGGCUCUUACCUAUUGUAUCUGGAGGGACAACCCUGAUAAGAAGAAGGAGAGUUAAGAAAAGACCUUCAAUGAUUGGAAUGCUCACCAUCAUUCAUCCUUUCAUCCCAACCUGAUAUCGCCACAAGAUGACAACUCAGAGUGGGGGGGAGAAGUGACCAGUUGUAUUUGUUUUAUUUUACUUGUAACGCUUAUUAAAAAAAAAUGCAGAUUUAAAACA